CCGCCCCGGCCCCGCCAUGAGCGCGCCGGGCGGGCGGGGCCGCGCCGAGCCGGCCGCGGAGCCCGCCGAGAUGCCGGCCACCGAGAAGGACCUGGCGGAGGACGCCCCUUGGAAGCGGAUCCAGCAGAACACCUUCACCCGCUGGUGCAACGAGCACCUCAAGUGCGUCCAGAAGCGCGUGGGCAACCUGCAGACCGACCUGGGCGACGGGCUGCGCCUGAUCGCGCUGCUCGAGGUGCUGAGCCAGAAGCAGAUGGGCCGCAAGUACAACGCGCGCCCCACCUUCCGCCAGAUGCAGCUGGAGAACGUCUCGGUGGCCCUGGAGUUCCUGGAGAGGGAGAACAUCAAGCUGGUGUCCAUCG